GCCAACCCAGUGAAGAGCGGCGAUCAGCUCGAACAGCAGCUCGUCAUCAACCGGUUCACACGCGCUCGGCGAUGCCCAAGCGCCCGAAACGACUUGCCCGCGCGCCUUACGGGAACCUUAUGUUGAAGACGUAUACAAUGAAGAAGCUCUAAAUGUGACUAACAGAUUUAAAGUAGAGACGCCGUACUUGUUUUUUCUUUUGAAGUUGGCUAGACUAUGGUUGUUUAGCUUGUGUUCGCACAACAUGGAGUAUUGGAGGCAAUGCGCGCUCUGGCUUAUCAGUUGCAAAGUGCUCCCGGUGAACCACCGAGUGACGGCGGACACCGCUCAGGUCUUCGACCUGGCCCAGACCCUUCGGGACGGGGUCUUGCUCUGCCAACUUCUGAACAACCUGAAACCGCAAACUAUCAACCUGAAGGAAAUCAACCUAAGACCGCAAAUGUCACAGUUCAUGUGUUUGAAGAACAUCCGAACCUUCCUGACAUCGUGCUGUGAGGCAUUCGGGAUGAAGAAAUGUGACCUGUUUGAGGCUUUUGACCUCUUCGACGUGCGGGACUUUGGAAAGGUGAUGGACUCCCUCUCCAAGAUCUCUUACACAACGAUCGCACAGCAAGGUGGAUUUAAACCCUUCCCCACAGAGGUGAGCCUCAACGAAGAGGACAUCUACAACAACUUGGAGGAUCUGCUUGAUGAGAACACCCCUGAGGAUGAGGAAGAGCAGUAUGCAGCUGUCUACAGGCUAGAGGAAGACUACGAUGGCGGAGACAUCUACGAAGAUCUCAUGAGGACCGAACAGCAAGCGCCCAUGCAACAGCCCCAGCAGCCGGAGCAGGAUGUUAGGAGCUGCUGUCUGUCGGAGAUCAAACAGACAGAGGAGAAAUACACUGAGACCCUGGAGUCAAUAGAAAAGUAUUUCCUGAACCCCCUCAAGAAAUUCUUCUCAGCGGCAGAAAUCGACAAGGUUUUCCUGAAUAUCCCAGACCUGGUGAAAGUUCAUAAGAGCCUGAUGGUCGACGUGCAAGACUCCAUUCUGAAUAGGAACUCUUUAAACCUCUACCAGAUCUUUAUCACCUACAAGGAGAGAUUACUGAUCUACGGAAUCUACUGCAGUCAGGUGGAGAUUGCCAUUGCCGUGCUGGACCUCAUCUGCAAGGAGAAAGAGGACGUCCGUCUCAAGCUAGAGGAGUGUGCCAAGAGGGCUAACAAUGGCAAGUUUACCCUGCGGGAUCUGCUGGUCGUCCCCAUGCAGAGAGUCCUCAAGUACCAUCUACUGCUGCAGGAGCUGGUGAAACACACUCACGACACCGCAGACAAGAGCAACUUGAGGAUGGCCCUCGACGCCAUGAAAGACCUGGCCCAGUAUGUCAACGAGGUUAAGAGGGACAAUGAGACACUGAGAGAGAUCGACCAAUACCAGAGGUCCAUCGAAAACUUGAACCAGCCUCUCAUCAACUACGGCCGACCCAAGGGCGACGGAGAAGUACGCAUCGUCUCAAACUUUGACAAGAGGAAACAAGACAGGCACAUCUUUCUCUUCGACUUGGCCGUCAUCGUGUGCAAGCGACGGGGAGACAACUACGAUUUGAAGGACGUGCUGUACCUCAACUUCUACAAGAUCACCAACAACCCCACCUCCGACAGAGAAGGUAAAAAGUGGUGCUACGGCUUCUACCUGACCCACAACCAGGGGCACACGGGCUUCGAGCUGUUCUUCAAGACCAUGGAGCUGAAGAAGAAGUGGUUGGACCAGUUUGAGAUGGCCGUAUCAAACAUUCGACCAGAUAAUGCUAACAGCAACAGCCACCAGUUCAAGAUGCACACAUUCGAGAGGAUCACUUCGUGCAGCUUCUGCCAUCUCCUGCUCAGGGGUAUAUUUAACCAGGGCUACCUCUGUAACAAGUGUGGCCUGGGCGCCCAUAAGGAGUGCCUCGGGCGUCUGGUCAUGUGUGGCAGACGAGAUACGGCCGCGCCAAGGCAGCAGAGAGUUUUAACGGCACGGAGACAAGCCAUCCCAGGAUUACCCAGGAUGCUGGUGAUCAGAGACUACUGCGGCGUCCCCCAGCCCGAGCAGGGCUCCCCGCUGUGCAUGCAGGCCGGCGACGUUGUCGAGCUGAUUUCUGCCAACCCGCACAUCUCCUGGUGGCAGGGGAAAAUCCUCGGGACGGGCCUGACUGGCUUCUUCCCAAGCAACUCGGUCCGGCCGUGUCCGUGCGUUCCAAAACCCGUCGAUUACUCAGCCCAGCCCUGGUUUGCAGGGCCAAUGGAAAGAUCCCAGGCUGAAGUGGAGCUGCUUAACUGUGAGAACAGCACCUUCCUGGUCCGACACAGGACUAAAGAGAGCGCUGAGUACGCCAUCAGCAUCAAGUUCAACGAUGAAGUCAAGCACAUUAAGAUCCUGACCAAGGAGGGCUGGUUCUACAUCGCCGAGACUCGCCUGUUCAAGUCCCUGCUGGAUCUGGUGGAGUACUACAAGGACCACUCUCUGAGGGAGGGCUUCAGGAGCCUGGACACCACCCUGCAGGUGCCCUACCGGAGGCUGACCAAUGGGGAUGCGGCCAGGCCCCUCCCCCAGGCCUCCACCGAUCCUGCCAGAGGCUCUGGCUUUGUACCUCCCUGCACUUCUCCUUUCUGGUCAGUCUUCUCCCCCAGGGUGGUGGGCACGGCGGUGGCCCGCUACGACUUCAGCUCCAGGGACACCCGCGAGCUGUCCCUGGCGGAGGGCGACGUGGUGAAGAUCUACUUCAAGAUGUCCAACGGUUGGUGGAGAGGGGACGUCGACGGACGGGUGGGCUGGUUCCCUUCGACCUACGUUGAAGAGGAGGAAUGAACCCGUCGUUUUCUCCCUCGACCUCGUCUCCUCGCCCUGUUACCGUGUGUGGCCGCUGAUGGGGCCCCCCCGCCGCCCCGGGGCCACUCAGAGAGCACUCUGCCUUCCAAACGGGCCGACACAGCGGUGGUGGCCCCCGAUAUCUCCGGCCAUACCUUAUGACCCGACUGGAUCUUCCUUCCAGUCCCGAGUGGGAUUCUGAGAUGGCAGUGGUGU